CCUCCACUCCAUCCCCUGUUUUGGCUCCUCCAUCUACACGUUCCAGCCGUAGAUCAACUGAACUAAAGAAAGAUGCUGAGCAGAAAGAGAAGACAACAUUCACCAUUGCUGAGCCUUCUCGUUUUGAACUCCGUGACCUUGGAAAGAAAGGACCAACUGUGCCGCCUUUAAGAAUCAAAGUGGCUCAUGGUACACCGAAAGUUG